CCAAGGCCGUUUCCUGUUUCUCCUGUUUCUCUGUUUCCUUGCUUAGUGCUUACCGACAACAUAUAAGGCUUUUUGUUCUGACUUUUGAGCUGCAAGCUUAAAUUAAGUAUUCAAUGCAGGAAAGCUGAUAAAUAUGUCUUCACUGGUCCUCCGUAUGGCAGCGGAUGUGCAUGGUGUUGGUGUCUGUCUUGUAACCCUGUCUUUAUUUACUUAGCCCCUGUAGCAAGUCAUGGCUGCCCUUCAGAUCAAGCCAGCCCAGCUGAAAAAGCUGUUCACUUAUGGCGGCGUCCGCACGAUGGCUGCUGCCGCGCAGGGCAAGAAGAACAUUGUGCUGGUGGAGGGUGUCCGCACGCCUUUCCUCAUGUCUGGCACCGACUACAACAAGAUGAUGCCCCACGAUCUGGCCCGCGAGUCGCUGCUUGGCCUGGUGCGUAAGGUGGGCUGCGAGCCGUCCGACAUCGACUACGUCACCAUCGGCACCGUCAUCCAGGAGGUGAAGACGAGCAACAUCGCGCGCGAGGCGAUGCUGGGCGCCGGUUUCUCGGACCGCACCCCGGCGCACACUGUCACCAUGGCCUGCAUCAGCUCCAACGCCGCCAUCGCUACCUCGGUGGGUCUGAUCCAGGCCGGCGUGUACGAUACCUGCGUGGCCGGCGGUGUCGAGUUCAUGUCCGACAUCCCCAUCCGCCACUCGCGCCAAAUGCGCGCCCUGAUGCUGCGCGCCAACCGCGCCAAGACGAUGGGCCAGCGGCUGGGCCUGCUGGCCUCCAUCCGGCCCUCGUUCUUCACACCGGAGCUGCCCGGUAUUGCCGAGUUCUCCACCGGCGAGGUGAUGGGCCACUCGGCCGACCGUCUGGCGGCGGCGUUCUGCGUCAGUAAGGCCGAACAGGACGAGUUCGCCACGCGCUCCCACCGCUGCGCCAUGGACGCGCGCGACAAGGGCUACCUCUGCGAUGUGGUGCCCGUGAAAGUGCCGGGCAAGGAGAUGCUGGUGGAACAGGACAACGGCAUCCGUAUCACCCCGCCGGAGAAGAUGGCAGCCAUGAAGCCGGCCUUCAUCAAGCCACACGGCUCCGUCACCGCCGCCAACUCGUCCUUCCUCACCGACGGCGCGUCAGCAUGCCUCAUCACCACCGAGGAGAAGGCCAAACAGAUGGGCUGGAAGCCCAAGGCGUACCUCAGGGAGAUGACGUUCGUCUCGCAGGACCCCAAGGACCAGCUGCUGCUCGGGCCGACGUACGCCACGCCGCGCGUCCUGGAGAAGGCCGGCCUGAAGCCGAAGGACAUUGACGUCUGGGAGUUCCACGAGGCGUUCGCCGGUCAGAUCCUGGCCAACUUCAAGGCCAUGGACUCUGACUACUUUGCCAAGUCCCAGAUGGGCCGCUCGGCCAAGGUGGGCGCUCCACCGAUGGAGAAGUUCAACAACUGGGGCGGCUCGCUCAGCAUCGGACACCCCUUCGGUGCCACCGGUGUUCGUCUGGCGAUGCACGCGGCGCACCGUCUGAUCCAGGAGGACGGCAAGCUGGCUCUGAUCGCCGCCUGUGCCGCCGGAGGACAGGGAGUCGGCAUGAUUGUGGAGCGCUACCCGGGGGCCAAGCUGUGAGCCGGGCCACGUGACUGAACGCCCACAGACGCCGCCAGUUGCCGGAGAUACUCCGGCGCCUUAACAAUGCAAGUGGCCUCCCGUGGGGCGAGCGGGAGGCUGCCACGGUUACGGGCCGGGUCAGCCAGAGGGGCGACCGGCGCCAGACUCCGCGCCGUGGUGAAAUGCGCCUAUUUUAUCGGUAUGGGCACAUACGGAGUGCUGACGAUUUUGUAUGAAAGGGGAGUGUGGAGUGUGGUGCAGUUAUCGGAGUACGAACUGGAAACUUAUCUAGCGCCUGUUUCAAGCACCGUGAGAUGUGAUGGUGGUUCGUUAUCAGAAAUAUGGCUGAUCUGGGAGAUAAACAUGUUGGAAUGAAUGGAUUAUAGGUGGUCGUUGCCGAUAUCGAUAUCGGCCGUGAAACGUACAUCGCUCGCCUGUCGGCUGUAUUUGGACUGUGGCGCCAUCUGGAUAGUGGUGGCCCGGUGUUGACAAUAUCAACACCGAUAAACACGCGCUAUCCUGUCCCAGACAAGUGUGAUCCAUGUAGCCUGCUGAUUCCAAUAAACGGAACUUAUUGUG